CAGGUAAAGGGAGCAGGCCACUCACAGUGAAAAACAGAAACUCCACCAAUCAAAAAACAAAAAAAAAAAAAAAUCCAACCUUGCUUUCUUGCGACUGGAUGUGGCCCUGGCUGUCAGGGCUGGGUAAAAGGCAGCAUUCCUUUACCCUGCAGGCGGCACACGACAGCCACCAGGGGUGGCCGAGUGUCCCGGCAGUGACACGGCCCGGCCACGCCGCGUGUGGGGACAGCGCUGGCCACGCCCCUUUCCCCACCAACCCCGCCCCCUUUCCCCGCUCCGAAACCGCCCCCCUCGGCUGCGGCUCCGCCCCCAAGCGCCCCUCGCACCUCCCAUUGGCCGGCGGCGUCGCCUCGCGCCCGCCGCGGCCUGCCAUUGGCUGCGGACGGCGCUGUUGUUGUUAUCGCUGUUAGCGCUGUAAACAGGAGCGGCGCGGUGUCGCCGGUCAGCGCCGGGCACCUCUCGUCGCCUCACACCAGCACACACCUCCCACCCGCCGUCUCUUUUCACCUCUUCGUGUCACCUCUUGUCCCCCGUCACUUGCCGGAGCUCGCUCGCUCACUCGCUCCCUGCGCGGGCCAUGUACCUGCGUGGCGGCCGCUGUCUGCCCGGGCUGGCGGCCGUGUCCCCGCUGUCCUCCCCGGCCACGGCACCGCUGGCGCUGGACACGGCUGAGGGCCCGGACAGCUUCCAGAAAACCAUCGCGGAGUUUGGGAGAGCUCUCAAAGACAGGAAGCUCCUUCGCCAGAGGAUCGGCUCCUUGCCGGUGAGUGCAGGAUCCUGCCGAGUCUCCGGCCGUGCCGAGACGGUGAGAAUGGAGCCAAGAGAGGGGACAAGGCUGUGCAGCACCGUUCACCCCCUGGCUCUCCCGCAGCAGUGCCAGCUGGAAGCCAGCCCAGUCCUUCAGGACAUCUCCCAGCUCCAGGUGUUCAGGGACAUAGUGCAGCAGCGCCAGAGUGAGCCCGACGAUGAGGUGAGGGGCGCGGCGAGAUCUGGGGGGUCAGGGAGGGGGCACAGGGGUGCUGACGCCGUGUCCCCCCCGCUGCAGGAGGGCUUUGUCCCCAAGAGGCUGCAGAGGCUGGGCCAGCGGAGCCACGGGGCUGCCAGGAGGAACCUCCUCGCCAAGAGCCCAUGCGGCACACCAGAGCUGCUGUUCCCCCAGCUGCUGCCGUGGCAGAGUGAUGCCACCGUGCCCCAGGGGAUGGAGAAGCCGGUCACCACGCCAGUGAUAAAGAAGGAGGAGACAAAGCUGGUACGUGGCCACCUUUGGCAGUGGAUGGAGCCCCACAGUCCCCUCGUGGGGUCUCCGAAGGGGGGUCUGGGGCCGAAGGUCCCUGGGGCAGGGGCAGGUUGGCGAGCAGCACCAGCCCUGGAGCCGGCGGCUUGCCAGACCCCCGGGCAGCAGCGCGGGCUCUCCCCACAGCGUCCGGGCAAGCGCGGCCAGGGCCGGCAGCUCUUCCGCUCGCCCUGGAUGCCCGGCGGUGUCCGCGGGCCCGUCCCGAAGCGGGGACUUCCCUCGGACAGGGACAGCCCUGCCAGUGCCAGGCGGCAGAGGAGGGUGGCCGGCAGCCCUGAGCAGAAGUCAUCGCUGGAUCCGGGAGUGUGGCCGGAGCCUUGCAGGUUUGCCCAGCUGGAGGAGAUCGAGAACCUGCUGGCCAACGAUGACCAGGAGCUCAUUGGAGACUUCUCCAAGCCUCACGUCCUGCCGACGGUGGAGGGGAAGGACCCGGGCCUGAAGUACAUCUCCCCUGGCACGCUGGAGAAGGUGCUGUCGGGGCACUACAGCAGCUUCAUCGAGAGCAGCAUCGUCGUGGACUGCCGGUACCCCUACGAGUACGAGGGCGGCCACAUCAAGGGCGCUGUCAACCUGCCGCUGCAGCAGGACGUGGAGAAAUUCCUGCUGGAGCGUCCCCUCGUGCCCCAGGACAUCGGCAAGAGGGUGAUCCUCAUCUUCCACUGCGAGUUCUCUGUUGAGCGGGGGCCCAGAAUGUGCAAAUUCCUGCGGGAGAAGGAUCGCUCCUGCCACGAGUACCCGCAGCUGCACUACCCCGAGCUCUACGUCCUGAAGGGGGGGUACCGCGAGUUCUUCUUCCAGUUCCCGGGCCACUGCGAGCCCCGGGACUAUCGGCCCAUGGAGCACCCCGCGUUCAGGGAGGAGCUGCGCAAGUUCCGCGGGCAGAGGCGGCGCGGCCGGCGGGCGCUCUCCAUCCGCGGGCGGGACCUGUGAGCCCCCGCAGCCCCUCGGGGGAACGAUGGAGCUGGGAUUGCAGGAAGGAUUCCCUUGGCUAGGGAUGCACCUCGGCUUGGGCUGGUUUAUCGGACGGCUUUGGGGUGAUAUUUAGUGUUAGGACUGGAUCUGAGUUUGUUUAUUGCUAUAAAUAUUUUUUCUAUUGUUUUAAAUAUUUUUGUGUUUAUUGUUAUGAAUUUUUGGUUGUUGUAUAAUUAUUUGUUUGUUUAUUCUAAAUAUUUCUGUGUUGUUAUAAAUAUUUUUGUGAUUAUUGUUAUAAAUAUUUUUCUGUGUUUAUUGUUAUAAAUAUUUUUGUGUUUAUUGCUAUGAAAUUUUGGUUAUUGGUAUAUUUGGU